AUGGUGAUGAACGAUGCGCUUUUCUUGUCAUCGUUAAUCAUCAUCGCUGUCACUGUUGUUGUUAUUUUUGCUUGUGAACCAGUAGACGAUGUUUUACGCAUUUACAGUGUCGAACUGGGUUACGGGAACUGGCUGGGCUCAAUGUUCCCUUCAUUUGAUGACGCAUUUCUGCGGCAGUUUGUCGUUGGCUUAUUUCUGGCUGUAUUGGCCAUCGCUGAGGAGACUAUUAGCCAGAAGUGCCACAAACUACCGAUCUGUGCUGUGAGGAAGAACUGCAUCAAGCUAGCCCGCGGAUACCGCAUCAAAUAUCCCUUAUACGGCUGGAUUGGUCAUCUCCAACAGCGUCUAGAAGAGGCAGUAGUUAGUGCAUUUGGUCGCCGGGCUUGGUUCUUCUGA